AUGGUCCUGGUCGACACUUAUUCUCGCUUCAUCUCUGUAGUAGAGAUGAGACAUAUUGAUGCUAAAACAACUAACGAGGCACUGCAGAAGAUCUUCUUUACUUGGGGGCUUCCACUUGUAUUACAAAGUGACAACGGCCCACCCUUCCAAAGCAGCGAGUUUGUUGAAUUUUGGGAAACAAGAGGCGUGACUGUUAGGAAGUCCAUUCCAUUGUGCCCCCAGACUAACGGAAUGGUAGAACGGCAGAACCAGGGCAUAUUGAAAGCGUUGACGGCAGCGAAACUAGAGGGUACCAGCUGGAAAAAGGGGCUUCAGGAAUACGUACACGUGCACAAUACCCUAAAACCACACGCAAGGCUCUGCAUCACACCGUUCGAACUAUUAGUCGGCUGGAAAUAUCGAGGAUCGUUCCCAGCCCUAUGGAACACCAGGCAGGAUAAAGUCGACCGGGAAGAAGUUCGCGAAAGAGAUUCAACAACGAAAUUCCAAAGCAAAAUCUAUGCUGAUACUCGUCGUGGAGCAAGACCAUCUGAUAUCGCGGUGGGAGAUGUAGUAUUGAUGGCGGUGCCCAAGAAGAACAAGACCGAUCCAGUGUUCAGCACCGAGCACUAUACUGUCUUGUCUAGGGACGGUGCAAAGGUGGUGGUCCGAAGCGACAGAGGAGUACAGUACACUCGCAAUGUUCAAGAUUUUAAACGAUUACCAAUAACCGGCGAAGCAGACGACGACGAUGAACUUCCAAAGGACGCAGUUCCUUUUCCAACGCAGGAUGAAGACAAAUCGACUGAGGGCGUGACGGAACUAGUUUCGAAUGCGGAAAAGCCGGAACAACGGCCAAAACGUACCAUUCGUAGGCCAGAGAGGUUGAAGGAUAUGUUCAUGUACCGCAUUUACCAGUAACGGUUGCGUUCAACGUGCAUCUGCUUUCGUGUCGAAAAUGUGCAAAUUCGAAUAUGGUAUUAGUAUAAUCAUUCUUCAAUAACUCACCUGAGUAGCUGUUGUUCAUUUGAAAUAUCAAACAUCC